AUCGGAUGUCAGCCUGUCUAACAAAAACACUUCAAUUUUUAGAUUAACCUUCGGAUUUCAACAUGAAGAUUCUUUUCCUCUUUGGUCUUCUUGCUGUUGUGUGUGGACAACUCUCACCUGUUUACAGCUUCGAAGACGACGAUACCAGCCAAGGGGUUACCCCAUUUGACCCCAACCGCUUUGUCAUUAUGACGCAUGAUGACGUGCUCAAUUUUUUUAGAAAACAAGAUGCUAAUGGCGAUGGUUUUGUGAGCUUUGCAGAAUAUAAAGCCACGAGACCUAACACAGUUCCUAAACAGAUCAUAAAUGGUGAGUUCAGAUUCUACGACAAACUGGAUGGCGUGAGAGACCUAAGAAUUUCUUUGGCGGCUGCUGCUGGCUACGAAAGCAUUUUGGACCCUAAUGGUGACGGCGUAAUCUCUUAUGUGGAAUAUGUACAGAACAUGCCGCGUGUUGAGGACGGCGUGAUUAAGGAGAUAAAUUCAACCUGUGAUUGGAUGAAACUGAGCUAA